AGAUGCUCUCGGCUUCAUGGAACAGAGCAGCACUUGCACUUGAAUGAGAUAGAAAGAGAACGUGAAUGAGAUAGACACAGAACUUCACUUUGUAAACAGACCACUUUCUCUGAUCUUUCGUCGAUAGAACCAUCGCAACAUGGCUUCAAAGUGUCCCAAGUGUGACAAGACAGUGUAUUUUGCUGAGAAGGUGUCAUCACUGGGGAAGGACUGGCAUAAAUUCUGUCUGAAGUGUGGCCGCUGUAACAAAACCCUGAACGCAGGAGGACAUGCUGAGCACGAUGGGAAGCCAUUCUGCCACAAACCAUGCUAUGCUGCCCUCUUCGGACCAAAAGGUGUGAACAUCGGAGGAGCAGGGUCCUAUGUUUAUGAAGCCCCCGUUAACAAUAGCCCAGCCCCUACUGACGUGGAUGCCCCCCCCAAACCUGCUGAGGAGAAGAAGGUGUUCGCACCCAGGCCUCCUGUUAAAGCUUCCAGCAUCACCACCUUCUCCGGUGAGGCCAACCUGUGUCCCAGGUGCAACAAGAAGGUCUACUUUGCUGAGAAGGUGACGUCCCUGGGGAAGGACUGGCAUCGGCCCUGUCUCCGCUGUGAGAGGUGCAGCAAGACCCUGGCCGCCGGCAGCCAUGCAGAGCAUGAUGGCCAGCCAUACUGCCACAAGCCAUGCUAUGCUUGUCUCUUUGGACCCAAAGGGGUGAACACUGGUGGUGUAGGCAGCUACAUCUACGAGAAGGAUGUCAGUACAGAGACCCAGCCCUGAGCUGCUGCGGUCUGUUUGUCUGUCCCGUCCAGUCCCCAGCCUCCGAGACCAACCUGACCUCUCCAAUACUACUACCACAAUCCAACACAGUGUUAUUAUCACUAAAUUAGCCUCUAUAGCUCCUUCCAAAAGCAGCCCAGAGACCUGAGACCCUGCCACUAGCCUCUAUAGCUCCUUCUAUAAGCAGCCCAGAGACCUGAGACCCUGCCACUAGCCUCUAUAGCUCCUUCUAUAAGCAGCCCAGAGACCUGAGACCCUGCCACUAGCCUCUAUUUCCUCCUCUUUAACCCCUGACCCCAAACCUGUACCAUCUGGCUACGCCCACUUCAGCCUCCUAGCACAGCAGCCUUCUAAUAUAGAUUGAUGCUUCCAGACACUUCAGAAUUAAAUUAUAUUUUAUUUACACUUAAUUUUGUACAAAUUAUAUUUAUUGAAAACAAUUUAACCCUGAGUGGGUCCAUAGUGAAAACCAAAGCACCACAUUACUGAAUGUGAAUGCCAUUCUCUCUCCCCACUAAAACAUAAGGGCCAAGAAGCCCAUUCUUCACUUUUAUGAGCUCAUGAUCAGAUUGUCAUGUUUAUGUAUAUUUACGAGUGUGGAUAUAUACGUAUUACAACCCAAUGUUAACUUUUACUUUAAGAAUUGCAAUAAAACAUAUUUUAUUUCCCUUUCAUUUUAAGUACCCUUAACGGGACAGUUCAGCAUACAUCCGUUGAGGGGGAGUUUAGAGACCAUGUGAAAAGUUUAAAAAUAAUCCCUGUCUGUAAACGUAACUCAUUUUAGGCUUUCCUCAGAGUAGUGAUACAUGGCGUUUAAAGGAAGGUGCUGCGUUGUCACGGUAACAUGCUGACAGAUCCCUACCCCUGGCCUAGCACACCUGGGAGAGAGGGAGUAAUCUGUCUGCAGGUGCAGAUGGUGCUGAUUCAGGACAGGAGCACUACUUCAACCAUUCAUCUUAACAGCAGGGAUUUAAAGACCCAGAUGUAUACCGUUUUGGACGCCCAACUACAUUCCUGAUCAAAUGGAUGAUCUAAAAAAAAAAGUCUCUCUGUGGGGUUUAGGUUUCAGGAAGAGUCUGGAUGAUGUUAAAAUAUGGUAUUUUAGGGUGGUGGGUUUUUGAGGGUAGCCUGGUUCCAGAUUCCUGUAUUUCCAAUGGAUACCAUAGGAGUAUGCUAUACAGAACAAACACAUCUGGACCCAGGCUAUUCUGAGGGUCCUGUUACAGGUUUGGCAGGGUAGAUUGUGUAUGUACGGUACUGUGUGGAGUCCAGGCAUGGAAAUCCUUUUAAAUUGGUUUAAUUGACAGCCAAAUACACAGGAUGUAUUUAUUGAUUGGUUAAGAAUAAGAAUAUACCAGUAAAAUUGCAUAAGGAAAUUGCAUUGUACUACGGCUACCCCAAUGGGACAUAUGAAGGAAGGAAAGAAGGUGAGGCAACAGUGACUAAACAAACUCGUAGAAUAUAGACCAUCCAAAAGCUGUACAAUUUUAUAUGGUCGAAGUAUUACUGUAGUAAGAAACCCGGACGUAUUCCACCCUGAGAUUACUAUGAGCUGAAGUAAUAUAGUUGGAGGUAGCCUAUAGAAACCUGUGUGUCUGAAAUGGCACCUUGUUCCCUAUUUAGUGGCCUGGUCAAAAGGAUUAAACUAUACAGGGAAUAGGGUGCGAUUCUGGACGCACACAGAGUAAUUGACACACUGCAGACAAAGCAUUCUGUUAGAAUGUGCAUUAGUAUUAUAUAUAGUAUGACUGUUUUUGCGAUGUUUUGAUUAUGAUGAUCAGUUAUGAUCUGUUUUGUGUAGUAGGCCUUUAAAAUACUGUUUGUAGAGGAAAAAUAAAAAAUAAAAUGGCUGCACUUCUUCAGUCAUGUUGCUUCUGUCUUUUGAAUCCAUUAAUUAAACUUUCUAUAUAUACUUUU